AUGAACCUGACUGUAGACUGUCCAGAGUAUUGUGCCUUAACCGGUUGUUAUGAAUACCCAAACUAUUCCACGAUACCACCGCCGCCGACGCCGCCACCUCUCUCAGCCGGCCAAAUCAGCCACGUAUCUCCCAACACGGUCAUCAUGCAGUUCAUAGUCGCCUUCAUUACCGGCUGCUUCAUUCUGCUCAGCUGUUACAUGAUCGUCAUUAAGUACUGUUCCAGAUUUAACCUUUUUGGUACAUCACCAACCCAAUCAGAUGGACCGGGAGAAGAGUUUGUGCAUGAAAAUCAUGGACCAGCAAGUGACCAUCAAAUCUGGUACAUCUCCACCGCUGGCCUCCAACCCUCGAUCAUCAAUUCAAUCAGAGUCUUCGAGUACAAGAAAGGUGAUCAUUUGAUCGAAGGGAUGACUGAUUGUUCGGUAUGCUUAAACGAGUUUCAAGAAGGUGACACUCUUCGGCUACUACCCAAGUGCAGUCAUGCAUUUCACAUCCCUUGCAUCGAUACUUGGCUGAGGUCACACGCCAAUUGUCCAUUUUGUCGCGCUAGCGUAGUGUCCAACACUACUGUCAGUACUACUUCAGCUUCAAAUGACCAGAUUGCUCAUAGUUCAAGUCCAAAUGAAGAUACCCAAAUGGAGAAUUCAGAGAACUAUGGUGAAUUGACUAAUAAUUCGAUCUCUGGUGGGGAGGUUUGUGAAAACAGAGUUGGUACAGAGGAUGAAUUGGAAUUGGAAUUACCACAGGUGGUUGUAAAUUCUAAUGGGAAUGGUGUUUUUCGGAUUGUAAUUGACUUGGACGACAGUAAAAUUGACAUGGAGGAUGGGAUACAAUCACUAAGGUCUAUUUCAAUCGAUUCAUCAUCAGCUGUGACGAAUAAGUAUGAAUCCGAAGGAAAAUCCAGUUGAUUAGAGAGAUGAUGUGAAAAAUUGAUUUGGGUAUUCUUCAAAAAAAGAGAUUCAAGCAUUAACAGAUUGGUAAUAGCAAAAACCCUGUUUUUGGCAGACUUUUUUUUAUCCAAAUUCUGUUCCUCUCUUGUGAAGCUAUUAUUAGUAUUGGUACAUAGCUCGGAUGACAUAUAAAUUUAGACUUGGAUAUAUAUACAUAUGUGUCAUGAGCACUCUCUAUAAGUUGUGAGUUCUCUUAUUCAUGUAUAUACAAACCAGUAUAUAAUAGAUUUUAGUCUAUUGGAUGCAAUUUCAAGCUAUGUAGGAGACCUAUAUUUGAGUAAUGAAUC